AUGUCUUUUUGCCUGGUUGACGUCUGUCUUCAUUGUCUGCUUGAGGUGGGCAUGACGACAACAGCAAAGGACAAAGUUCAGAUCACGCUCUUCGAGGUCUCUCCGGCCAGCAGGACCAGGUUGCGAGGUAUUUUGGCCCACUCCACGCACUGCCGAAACAUGGUGAUACAGCUCUUUGGUUGUCCGGGAUGCUCGAAAUGGCCCGUUUCCUCCAACGCUGCUCAGAGCUCACGAAAGCUCAGCACAGACGUCGUCUGCAAUGUCGACGCCCACCCUCUGUGGGAAACAUUUCCAUUGCCUUGA